CCGGAGCCAAGAUGGCUGCCAAGCCCGGGCCCGGAAGUGCUGCCUCCCCCGGCUGUGCCGGGGCCAUGGAGCGGGUUCUACCUAUGCUGCUGGUGCAGAUCCCCGCCGAGGAGACGGCACAGCUGGGAUCGCGGGCGCAGCUGCACCGAGGGCAGGAGGCCCUGGGGAGCCUGACGGCUGCGGGCAGUCUCCAAGUGCUCUCCUUGGCGCCGGGCAGUAGGGGUGGAAGCAGCUGCUGCCUCCAAGGCCCCUUUGGGCACUUCGUAUGGGAGGAUUCUUGUAACAGCAGCACAUCCACAGACAAGCCCACGCUGCUUGCAGUCAGUGAAGAUUAUGAACUGCGCACAUAUGAAUUUGAUUUGAAAGAUGGGAGGUGUGCUGCAGCCUUAUCACACAGCUGCUGUGGGAGGACCCUGCAAAAGCUCGUUGAAGAUCAAGGAGUCACCUUGGUGUCUGUAUCUGUAAAGCAACACCCAGGACACCUACUGUGUGAAAGAACACUGGAAGACCUUCCUAUUGAAGGGCCUACUGGAGUAGAUGAAGACGACCUUGUUAACUCUGUCCACAACAUGAAGCUGACCAAGGUUUCCUUUCAAGUUGAUAGGUCUUGGAGGGCCCAGCUGUCAUCCCUGAAUGCGACAGCGAGGAGCUCCAAACCAGAGGUUUCCUGUUGUGCUCCGUGGUUCCAGGGUGUUCGGCGUUUGGAGUCCCCGGAAUCUGGUAACCACACUCCCAUUGUGCCAGACCAUGUGUUCGUCCCAGGAGAUGUCGCGUGUGGCCAGUGUGCUUUUCCGCAGGAGCACAUCAAGACUAGUGAUCCAAGAAGACCGUGGGAGACAAUGCAUCUGAGCGAACAAGAGCAGCCCUCUGAGCUCAAGUGCAUGUCUGUGACGGGAUUUACGGCACUGUUUACCCGGGCAGUAGGAACCGCCAGCUGCACCAUUGUCCUCUGGGACCUGGAGACCCAGAGCAUGCAGUGUUUUUCUCUCGGCCAGAAGUGUGCUCCUGUGGAUAGCAGUGGAGACCAGCAGCUGUGCCUUGUUUUGACAGAAAAUGGUCUCUCUCUGAUUGUGUUUGGUCUGACUCAAGAGGAGUUUUUGAACAGACUGAUGAUCCAUGGAAGUGCCAGCACUGUGGACUCCCUGUGUCAUCUCAAUGGUUGGGGACGGUGCUCGAUUCCUAUACAUGCUCUGGAGGCUGGCAUAGAAAAUCGGCAGCUGGACACAGUAGAUUUCUUCCUGAAGAGCAAGGAAAAUCUUCUUACUCCAUCUUCAAAGUCUGUUCCUGAUCAGCUGCAUCAUUUUCCAUCCCAGUUAUAUUUAAGACAGGUGGAAGAGAUGACACCCGCACUGGAUUUGCUUUGCUCAGCGAUUAGAGAGAGUGACUCUGAGACCCAGAGCAAACACUUUGCCGAGCAGCUGCUUCACCUCACGCUGUCUUUCCUUAACAAGCAAAUCAAGGAGCUCUUUGUUCAUACCGCAGCAGAGACAGACGAGCAUCUACAGAAAGGAGUGGACAUUCUGACCAGCUACAUCAACGAGCUUCGGACUUUCAUGAUAAAGUUCCCUUGGAAGCCAGCAGAUGCCCCUGAGGAGUACAAUGUAAACAAAGAUGUCCUCACAGUAAAGGAGGGCAAAAUUUGGGAGAAACUCAGCUUUGAGGAAGUUAUUGCUGACGCCAUUUUAAAUAACAAAAUACCGGAAGCACAAACUUUCUUCAGGAUUUCCGGUCAUUCCGCUCAACAACUCGAGGAGCUGGUCAGGAUAGGCCUAGAUUUGGUGUUUGACAGUUUAAAAGAGAACAAUGUAGAGGAAGCCUCCAUGCUCUUGAGGAAUAUGGGCUUCAAUGUGGAAGAUGAGUUGCUCAAGAUAUGCUUUCAUACAACUGAUAAAAAUAUACGGGACUUUUUGGUUGAAAUUUUAAAAGAAAAGGAGUGUUUUUCUGAAAAAGAAAGAAGAACUGUAGACUUUGUUCAUCAAGUUGAAAAGUUUUAUUCAGGACAUUUCCAAGAAAAUGUGCAAAUGGCGUCCUUCCCCAGUUAUUGGAUAAAGGAACAGGACUAUUUCAAGCACAAACCUGUCUUGGAUACAUUCCUCAAAUGUGAUCAAAAAGAUGAGUUUAAUGAACAGGACCAUAGAAUUGCACUGAAUUGGGCUCACUGGUGGGAUCAGCAAACACAAGAGUGCAUCCUUCUCCCCAGGAUCAGUCCACAAGACUACAAAGCACACUCCCCGGACGCCCUCUGGAAAUACCUCACAGCUCGCCAUGACUGGUCAAGCCUUAGCUUGUGGAUUGAAGAAUUUCAGACCCAGCAAACAGUGCCACCUCAGCAGAACAAGUGGCCCCCUCUGAGUGCUGACAUCAUUGAUCAGAAUACUUGCUGCAACCGUUAUAUGAGGAGUAAGAUUUUAGACAAGCUGGCCAGGAGUGGGAUUUUUCUUGCAUCUGAACUAGAAGAUUUUGAACUCUUCCUCCUGAGACUGAGCCGGAUUGGGGGCAUAAUGCAAGACAAUUUACCUGUGCAAAGCUACAAAUCCUCGGGAGGGUGGGAUUUUCACUCCCACUUCAUCCACUACUGUCUAGAGCAUGGCCUACAACAUCUUCUGUACAUCUAUCUGGACUAUUACAAACUUAGUCCUGGAAAUUGUCCUUUUUUGGAAAAGAAAGAACUAUAUGAAGCCCACCCUUGGCUUGAAUUUUUGGUUCAGUGUCGGCAAGUUUCCAGUAACUUAACAGAUCCUAAACUGAUCUUCCAGGCUAGCCUUGCAAAUGCUCAGAUUUUGAUUCCUACCAAUCAGGCCAGUGUGAGCAGUAUGCUGUUGGAAGGACACACCCUCCUGGCCCUCGCUACGACCAUGUAUGCUCCUGGGGGUGUCAGCCAGGUCAUUCAGAAUGAAGACAGUGAGAACUGUCUGAAGAAAGUGGACCCCCAGCUCCUGAAGAUGGCUUUAACACCUUACCCCAAGCUCAAAGCUGCCCUCUUCCCACAGUGCACUGCUCCUAGUAUUCUGCCCUCGGAUAUUACACUCUACCACCUCAUUCAGUCUUUGCUGCCCUUUGAUCCUAGCAGAUUGUUCGGCUGGCAGUCUGCCAACACACUGGCAAUAGGAGAUACAGCCAGUCAUCUCCCACAUUUUUCCAGUCCUCACCUGGUGAGUAAAUACGCUAUAGUGGAACGUCUGAAUUAUGCAUAUUACUUACAUCAUGGACGCCCAUCAUUUGCCUUUGGUACUUUUCUGGUCCAGGAGUUGAUCAAGAGUAAGACUCCCAAACAACUGCUCCAGCAAGUAGGCAAGGAGGCCUAUACCUUGGGGCUCACUUCCUCCCACAGCCCUUCAGUCGGGGCCGCCUGUGUUUGCUUCUUAGAAUUGCUUGGUCUUAGCAGCCUCAAGCUCAGAGUGGACAUGAAGGUGGCCAAUGUGAUUCUGGGCUACAAGUGCAGAAGUGAAGACGUUCACCCCAGCUUUAUCAGGGAGUCUCUCGCUGAAAAGCUGUCUAAGCUUGCGGAUGGUGACAGGGCCGCCACAGAAGAGUUGCUUGUUCUCCUGGAAGAAGGCGUUUGGAACAGCAUCGGGCAGCAGGGUUCUAACAGGUUGUCCAGUGAAUCCAGCAGCCAGUGGACAUUAGUGUUACAGUUCUGCACAGUCCACAAUAUGAAACCAAGCCUGUCCUACCUUAGAGAAUGUGCCAAAGCAAAUGAUUGGCUGCAGUUCCUGGUUCACAGCCAACUCCAUAACUACCACCCAGAAGAGGUGAACUCUCUUCUCCGGUACUUCAGUCCAGUCCUUCAGGGCCACUUGAAGCUGGCUUUUGAGAAACUGUCCUCAGGGUCCAUCUCUCGAGUGGAUGGUGAUCAAGACUACAGGUGCCUCCAGGAACUCCAGAGAAACCAAGAAGAGAUGAGCGAUUUCUUUGAAAUUCUCCACCAGUGCUCGGAAGAGUCUGCAUCUUGGCGCCUGCUCCUAGCUGAAUCAGUGAGACAGCGGGCCCCGAUCCUCAGCGUCCUGGCCUCCUGUCUCCAGGGUGCCAGUCCUGUCCCCUGUCUCUGUGUUUGGAUUGUCACCUCUGUGGAGGACAGGGUUGCAGCUGAAGCAAUGGGACACAUCCAGGCCUCUGUAGAGGAUCAUCCAUGGAGCCUCGAGGACCUGUCCAUUAUCUGGAGAACCCUGUUGACAAGGCAGAAGAGCCACACUCUCAUCCGGGGCUUCCAGCUUUUCAUUAAGGAUUCCCCACUUCUAUUGAUUAUGGAGAUGUACGAACUGUGUGUGCUCUUCAAGAAUUACGAGAAAGCCAAAGUUAAGCUUGUGGAGUUCCAGAAACGCCUUGAGACGCUUGACACAGCAGCUACGAGGGUCCUUCCUGUCUUAUCUGCCACGUGGAUGAAAGAGCAGGUGUGUUUCCUUUUGAAACUUCUGCCACAGCAGUGCCAGACGCAGUAUGAGCUGGGGAAGCUCCUCCAGCUGCUUGUCGGAACUGAGCAUCUCUUCUCCGACGGUCCAGAUGUGCAGAAGCUGUGUGUGCUCAGCCAGAUCUUGAAGGAUACACCUAUAGCCAUCAACCCUGCAGUCAUCACCAGCUACAGCCCUGAGAAUUUCCAGCAUGAGUGUAGAUCUAUUUUGGAAAAGCUGAAGGCAGAUGGACAGUUUGCUGUGGCCAGGAGAGUGGCUGACUUAGCAGCGUUACCUGCGGACAGCCUGGUGACCGAGCAGCUAAUCCAGGAAAUGGAGACCCUAAAACACACCCAGAAGUGGUCCCUCAAACACGCGAGAAUUGACUUCUGGAAAAAAUGCCAUGAAAUUUUUAAGAAAGACUCCAUUUCGCACAGGGCAGCCUCCUCCUUCUUCUCCAGCCAGGUCCCUGUGAUGAGUGAGCACCCCACUGAGGAGCAAGGCAGCCUUGAAGAGCGCCAUCUGCUGCUCACACUGGUAGGGCACUGGCUUGCCCGAGAAGAGCCGGUUCCCUUGGAGGAGCUACAAGAGCUGGAGAAAGAGACCUGGAUCUGCCGUCUCACCCAGCACACCCGUGGAGGGGACCCAGAGGGAACCCAGCCCAGCCCUCAGCAGACGUCAGCUGCUGCUGAACUACUUUCCUUGGCUAGCUUAGCCGAUGAGUUUUCCUUCUCCAAGCUUGCUGCUCUGAACACACCCAAAUAUUUAGACCUUAAUGGUCUCCCAUCCAAAGAGACGUGUGAGGACGGACUGGAUUGGAAGGCGCGGGAGUCGCUGAAUGUUUUGAUUGGACAGCUGCUGGACGACGGCCGUGUGCAUGAAGCAAGCAGAGUGUGUCGGUAUUUCCACUUCUACAGUCGGGAUGUAGUGCUGGUGCUGCACUGCAGGGCCUUGGCGUCCGCGGAGGCCAGCAUGGAGGACCUGCACUCGGAGAUCCGCGCUCUGCUCCCAAGUGCCAUGCUGCCGCCUGAGGACCAGGAGAGUCCCAGCGCCCCUCUUCGGAAAGCCCACAGCUCUUCCAGUUUGGAUAGUCAGUCAUUUAUGAUGCUGCCAUCUACGGAUGAAGUGGCAAGGAAUCUCCGAGCUCUCACAAGCCAGUGCCUCCAUGGGAAGAACUACUGCCGGCAGGUCCUCUGUCUGUAUGAACUUGCCAAGGAGUUGGGCUGCUCCUAUGCAGAUAUUGCUGCCAGGGACAGUGAAGCCACGCUCCGGACAAUCUUGGCUUCUCAGCGGCCUGACCGAUGCAGACAAGCCCAGGUCUUCAUUAGCACGCAGGGCCUUGAGCCAGACACUGUAGCUGAACUAGUGGCUGAAGAGGUGACCCGAGAACUGCUGACCUCAUCAGAGGGAACAGGAGAAAAGCAGCCUUUCAACCCAGCAGAGGAAAGCCAGACAUUUCUUCAGCUAACUGCUGUGUGUCAAGACCGCACACUGGUAGGCAUGAAGUUGCUGGACAAGAUUCCCUCUGUCCCCCACGGGGAGCUGUCCUGCACCACAGAGCUCCUGAUCCUGGCCCAUCACUGCUUCACCUUUACAUGCCACAUGGAGGGGAUCAUCAGAGUCCUACAGGCUGCCCGGAUGCUUACAGAUAACCACUUGGCUCCCAACGAGGAGUACGGGCUGGUGGUACGCCUCCUCACCGGCAUUGGAAGGUACAAUGAGAUGACAUACAUAUUUGACUUGCUGCAUCAAAAGCACUAUUUUGAAGUUCUGAUGAGGAAGAAGCUAGAUCCGAGUGGCACCCUGAAGACAGCCUUGCUAGACUACAUCAAACGCUGCCGCCCUGGAGACAGCGAAAAGCACAAUAUGAUUGCCCUGUGCUUUAGCAUGUGCCGGGAGAUAGGGGAGAAUCACGAGGCAGCGGCCUGUAUCCAACUGAAGCUGAUUGAGUCUCAACCCUGGGAGGAAAGCCUCAAGGAUGGAGCCCAACUAAAACAACUGCUGCUUAAAGCCCUGACUCUGAUGUUGGAUGCAGCGGAGAGUUAUGCCAAGGACUCCUGUGUGCGACAGGCCCUCCACUGUAACCGGCUCACCAAGUUGAUAACACUGCAGAUUCACUUUCUGAACACUGGUCAGAACAUAAUGCUUAUCAACUUGGGCCAUCAGAAACUAAUGGACUGUAUCAUGGCCCUACCUAGGUUCUACCAGGCUUCUAUUGUAGCUGAGGCCUAUGACUUUGUUCCUGAUUGGGCUGAAGUUCUCUACCAACAAGUGAUUCUUAAAGGAGACUUUAGUUACUUGGAAGAAUUUAAACAGCAAAAGUUACUAAGACCCAAUAUAUUUGAAGACAUUUCCAAAAAAUAUAAACAACACCAGCCUACCGACAGGGUCACAGAGAACCUGAAGAAGUUACUUUCAUAUUGUGAAGAUAUCUACCUGCAUUACAAGUUGGCAUAUGAACACAAAUUUUUUGAAAUUGUAAAUGUGCUUCUGAAGGACCCUCAAACAGGAUGCUGUCUUAAAGAUAUGCUCGCCGGUUAGAAGAUCUGAAAGAUGCCUGAUUGUUUUUUGUACCUAAUAUGGCAAUAAAGUAUUUGGAGAUCUUUAUCCCCACUUGAGGUAAAAGGCCCAGAAAUACACAAUAUCACAUCAGUCAUUUGUGGCUGUAGGGAAUGAAGGAGAAAUUGGUAUUAAGAUCAAAAGCUUGUUAGAAUGUCUUCUACAUUAGGAGAAACUGUAGUGUAGUGAUUAAAGAAUACCUGUGCCUGCAGGUUCCAGUUUCAAAGCAAUUUAAUCUUAUUUACACAGUUAAGGAACAGGUGAUACAUUUUCAUGAGUUAGAAACUGAUCUUUCUAUAAUAAAAUAGGUUUUAAUUCA